AUGAGUUUGGUGUUUAGGAGUUCGACGUAUGCUUUGAAGGCAGAGCUUUUAGGCAUUGUGACUGCGGCAUACAGUUUGGGUGCUAUUUUGUCGAUGCCGUUUGUACCAAUGCUUGCUCAACGCUUUGGAUGUAGGUGGUCCAUAAUGCUUGGGUCGAUUGUGAUGGUUAUUGGGUCAUUUCUUCAGGGAUUUUCCAUCAAUGCUGCGAUGUAUAUCGUUGCCAGAAUGUUUCUUGGAUUUGCUAUUGUCUCUGCAAUAGUUUCCGGCUCAGCCAUGCUUGGUGAAUUAGCAUACCAGAAAGAAAGGCCAGUCAUGACUUCUCUCUUGAAUGCAUCUUGCUUCCUACCAGAAAGUCCUCGGUACCUUAUUAGCAAGGAUAGACGAGAUGAAGCAUUCGAUUUCUUGGUCAAGUAUCAUGCAGAAGGAAAUCGUGAUUCAGUAUUUGUUCGUGCUGAAAUGACUCAGAUUGAAACAACGGUCAAAUUAGAAGAAGAAGCUUCUAAACGAUCUUGGAUGUCCAUGUUGAGUACUCCUGGAAUGAGACGCCGGGUGUUUCGCUUCUGCUAUGGAGUCUUCACACAAUGGUCUGGCAAUACUUUGAUUUCAUUCUACCUUUCCAAGAUCCUUGCCAUGAUAGGUUACACGGAUACUAACACGAAAACUUUGAUAAAUAUCGGAUCAACAACUUGGUCUUUCCUCACAGGAACUUUAGCCGCCCUCACAGUACCACGCUUUAACGCCGCACCAUCAUGGACAAUCAGUAUGCAACGAGCCAUGCUAGCGUAUGAUACCAAUCGGCCCAACAAAGCUGCUGCCAUCACCACACUAUUUUUUAUAUUUCUUUACUCGCCUUGUUAUAACAUUGGGAACAAUGCACUUGCAUAUACCUAUCUAGUAGAACUAUUCCCCUACGCGGACCGUUCUCGCGGUUUCUCCAUCGAACAAUUUUUCGUCCGGGCAGCUAAUUUCUUUACCACCUACGUGAAUCCCAUCGGUAUGGCCAAUAUUGGUUGGAAAUAUCUUAUUAUGUAUUGUGUAACCAUUUGCAUUGAGACAAUUGAGAUUGGCUUCUUGUAUCCUGAGACUCAGGGACGUACCUUGAAAGAACUUGCUUUUCUAUUUGAGGACAAUGUGUUGGCAGAGAAAGCUGCUGUGGCUGUGGAGAAAACUAUACAUUUUGAUCACCGUGAUGAGGCAAGGACUGCGUAG